AUGAGCUUCUUGAGCACCCAAUACGGCUGGGCUGCCAACAACGUUGUUGACUUUGAAGUCGUCCUUGCCAACGGUACUAUUGUUCACGCAACCGAGAAAGAAAACACAGACCUCUUUGCAAGCCUGAAGGGCGGAGGCAACAACUUUGGAGUUGUUACUGCAUACACCAUGCAGACUCACCCCCAAGAUCACAAGGUCUGGGGUGGUAACUACAUUUUCACGGCCGACAAAACCCCCCAGCUUCUAGAAGCCCUGCGCAACUUUGUUGAUGAAUAUCCCGAUGACAAGGCUGCGAUCAUUCUGACAUCGGAGCAUGGCCUUGCUCUCAAUUUGUGGAUCAUGUUCCUCUUCUAUGAUGGCCCCGAGCCGCCUGCGGGUGUCUUUGACGAGUUCACUGCCAUUGAUCACACUUCAACCACCAAGACUUUUGAUACCUACUACGAUCUGCUCAAACAUAACGACUUCUUCAUUCUUCAUGGCCAACGCUAUACCAUCGCCACGGAGACUACUCCUCUCCCCAACAAAACCGUGGGCUCGGGAGUACUCCAGGAAUACUACGACCACUGGUUCAAUGUAACCAACUCAGUACUGGAAGUGACCGGAGUUCUUGGCUCAAUUGCAUUCCAGCCCGUUCCCAGAUCCUUCUCCCAGAAAGCCAAGGACCGCGGCGGAGAUCUGCUUGAUGUUCCCUCUGACCAACCCUACAUCUUCAUUGAACUCGAUUUCUCCUAUGGUCUGGCGAUCGAUGACGAGAAAAUCGACGCCGCCAAUAUUGAACUUUACCAGGGACUAGACAAUUUGGUUCAGAAGAAUGUCGACAAGGGUAAUUUGCCCGAUGUAUACCGUCCUUUGUUCAUGAACGACGCAUAUUUCCGCCAAGAUUACUGGAGUCGGAUCAGUCCAGCAUCCAAGGAAUUGGCUCUCCAGACCAGGAAGCGAUAUGACCCUGAUGGAUUCUUCCAGAAGCGGACCAGCGGAGGCUGGAGGCUGAAUUAG